CGUCCGUGAAGAACUUUUUCGUCAGCUGAGCAAGGAGAGGGGGCUGAGGAGAAGAAGAAGAAGUAGUGCGGCGUGUUGGGGCGCUUUCCCCCGUCUGCCUGAGCCCCUUGCGGGGGGGCGGGGGGAAGGGCUGCGGAGCCCGGCAUGGAGUUCCGCGAUAUCCUCGUGGUGGCCUCGGAACAGCAGGGACUCAGCGCGGUGCCGAAAAGAUACAGUUUGGCAGUAGGCCCUCCCAAAAAGGACCCAAAAGUUAAGGGUGUUCAAUCAGCUGCUGUGCGAGCUUUCCUCAGACGGCAAGAAGAGGAACAGAAGAAAAAAGUUCUUGAGGAAAAAAGAAGAAAAGAAGGACUUCUUGCUAAGCGUGUGGAGUUGAAACAUGAUCGAAAAGCAAGAGCUAUGGCUUCACGGACAAAGGACAAUUUCUGUGGCUAUAAUGGCAUUCCUAUGGAAGAGAAGCCUAAAAAGAGGCAAGGUCGUGAAAGCAGCUCUGAUAGAAACACAGAAGGUGGUGAAUGCAUGACAGGGGAUGAAAUGGAGCAGUUUGAAUAUAGUCAGACAGAAUCUGAGCAUGAAUCAGAAGAAUAUGAAGAAAAGCCAUCCAAAACACCAGUGAAACCAAAGGCACCUCCCAAAACCGCUCCUCCGACAAUGAAUUUUAGAGAUCUUUUAAAGCUGGCUGAAAAAAAACAACAUGAACCAGUUGAAAUAAAAGUUGUGAAAAAGACUGAGGAAAGACCUAUGACAGCAGAAGAACUAAGAGAACGAGAAUUCUUGGAGCGGAAAAACAGGAAAGCGGUUUUACUAAAAGAGAAGAAAGUGGAAAAAGAAACCAAACAUGUAAGUGUGUCAAGUUCUUCCAAAAAAGAGAUUUUACAUAAGGAGCUCAUGACUGCUAGACUCAGCAAGCAUUCAACAGAUAAACAUUCCUCCUCUAAAGGAGGCCUUUCCUCACAAAGUGGUACUGAUAAAAAAGCCAAAGGACCAGCAUUAAGUGAAAAGCCUUCGAAGUUGUCACCUUCCUCCAAACCCAGGCACACUGAGAAAGCAAAGCCCUCACACAAGGGAACUUUAAAAAGCCCAUCUAACAGCAGUCAUGUUAAAGUGGCAUCUAGUGGAGGAGGAAAAUCUGGAUCCAGCUCCCAUACUCCCAUCUUGAAAACAGCUGCAAAUGGAAUGCUCAGACAGCCAUCUUCUAAAGAAUCUGGUCUGAAAAAAACGGCUAGCCAUACAAAAGCAGCUAGCGUGACUGCUACUCAGCAUGUUAGUGUAAAACCUUCCAGCUCUAAGCAAACAAGCAGCAGUGCAGCGUCAGGAGGCACUCUUCCACGGGCGAAAAGCAGCUUGAGUACAGGUCCUGGGCGGCCAGGCAGCAGCUUGAUUACUGGACAAGGAUCGCAAGGGCCUGGGCGAUCAGGAAGUAGCUCAGGAUCAGGCCAGCGAAGCAGCAGUUCAAGCAUUGGACCUGGCCGACCGGGUAAUAGCUUGGGCCUGGGAUCCGGCAGAGCAGGCAGCAGUUCAGGGCCGGUGCGUUCUGGCAGUAGUCAAAGCGUAGGACCUGGCCGGCCCAGUAGCAGCCUAAAUGCUGGACUGGGAAGAGGUAGCAGUUCAGGAUCAGUACCAGGCCGGCCAAGCAGCAUUUCAGUUGGAACUCCAAAACCAAAGUGCACUGUUGUAUCAGAAACCAUCUCAUCUAAAAAUCUAGUCCCAAGACAAGGUAGUGGCCAGAUGAAUGGAAUGAGGCCGUUUCCGCAGCAAAGGCCUGGGAUUCCCCCACAAGGUUUUCCAAGGCCUACUCUUCCACCUAUUACUUCUAAAAGGCAAUAUGAAGAUGAUGAUGAAUAUGAUUCUGAAAUGGAGGAUUUCAUUGAUGAUGAAGGCGAGCCUCAAGAAGAAAUCUCUAGGCAUAUUAAAGAGAUAUUUGGUUAUGAUCGGUCUAGGUAUAGAGAUGAAAGUGAUUAUGCCUUACGUUACAUGGAAAGCAGCUGGAAAGAGCAACAGAAAGAGGAAGCCAAAAGCUUGAGACUUGGAAUGCAAGAAGAUCUAGAGGAGCUGAGACGCGAAGAGGAGGAAUUGAAACGCAAGAAGCAGACAAAGAAGCUGAGAACGUGUUAAUCAGUUCACCAUAGCUCUGGUUUUCUGUUACUUUUCCUCCUCAUUCUUCUUCUUGUUCCAAAUUUCAGCUUUAGUUUUACUUUGCAUAUGAAAGAGUAAGAAACAGUGUAGAAGAUGGAAAUUCAAAAUAUGGGGUUGGCUCCAAACUUGCACUCAGGAGAGUUCUGCAGGUGCUUGAAGGAGGUGGGGUGGCAAUUUUCUCCAAUUCCCCUUCCUUACCCACUACGCCCAGCACCACUUCUCAUGCUCUACUGGAGGGUUGGAGGACUCUCCAGAACAGUGUGGAAAGUGGCCCCGCGGACUGCAUGGGAAAGGGGGAGUCAGAGAAAAUGGACACCCCGUCCCUUCUAAUGGGAAGUCUUCGCUGGAUGCCAUUUGUUUCCAUGAAUUGAAGGAGCUCUUCCAUUCAUGAAGGGGCAAGUCUGGAUCAAACCCAUGAUUCUUUAAUUUCACCCUGAAAAACUUAUUUUUAAUACCUGUCAAGGUCUCUUUUUAACAAAAUAAAUAAUGCACUAAUGGAGAAUAAUAGAUGGAAUAAAUAAUGGAAAUGAAUGUUACUACUGCGUAAAGUAGUUCAAGGAUGCCAGUAGACUACUGACUGACUAUGCACUGGCUUGCAACAAGUAGGCCCACACAACAAUAUGCCAGUUUGCAUUCUUUAUUUUACUUAAAAACUGAAGAAUGCUCGUGUUCUCUUCUUUAAAACGCAAUUGUUUCCCAAGUCAAGAUAGUUAGGUCACUUUUUCUGUACAGAUAAAGCACAGAUUUUAAAAUGUGGCUGCUGUUACUGAUGUUGAAAGCAAUAUUAACUUGUACUGUGGUAUCUGUUUGGAGAAGAUUAUCUGAAAAAAUCAACUACUAAAAAAUCAUGAGCUUUUACUUCGCAAUCUAGUAGACAUACUAUGCCUUGCAAGUAGAUGUUGUGGAAUAAACAGGCAGCAUCUAGAAUGAGGAAAAGAGGCAUCAUCAUACAUGACAAUAUAAAUCCUCCUGCCACCUUACUAAGCCAACUUGCUAACUGUACUAGACUUUUUCUGUGACCUGCUAAAUUCAGUGCUCCUGGGGCCUUGAGAAUUUCUUAUCUACUUGCAUGUACAUUGGGGUUGAAGUCUCACUUGAAUUGGCACUGAGAGUCCACUGCCUGAUCAUUUACUCUCCUGUCGUACAGAAGAUUGUAUUGGGCUAUUUGUGUCAUUCGGAAAUCUUUUUAAUAAGAAAUGGGACCAAAUGAUUAGUUUGCCUCUUAGGGCUGAAAUUUCAUUGCCAAGAAUAAUAAAACUUCAUCCUGGAAAAUGCAAACUUGCAAUGUUUUAUAUGUAAUGACUAUGACUUUGGUGUAGCUGCAUUUUAGAAAAACCUUUUCAUAUAUAUAUAUAUACCAUGUUUUCAGUCUCCACUUUUAGAUUAAGUGCAUAUUGUGUUAACAACUCCAAAGUCUGCCAUCUUCUAUUAGAUUUUGUCCAGCAUACAUGCUGAUUCAACCUAAGUUGUUGUUAACUGGCAUAGUUUUAGUUAUUCUGAACAAUUGCUUAUAAAGCUGCUAAAUAGCUCUCCAGCAGAGAAACAAAUCUUUGUCGUAUGUCAAGAUGUCACUUUUGUCUGUUUUUGAAACUUUGGUUGCACUCUGAUCAGGCUAUGCACUGCAAAAGAAACAAAGUUGCCAUCUUAAAUGUGCACAUGUUGCAAAAGGUACCAGUUCAUUCUGUUCUACAAAAUUGUGCUCUGGAAUUUCAGCCCCACGUUCCAUGUUUUUCUCCCUCAAGUACCCAUGACAUGAAGUCACAGCAAAAAAACCCAACUGUUAUGAGUUUCCCAAAACUGCAUCAAGCAGCCCAAUUCCAAAGGACUUUAUAUUUUUCUGAAAGUUAAGUAGAAGGUUGGGCAGAGUAGCCGAUCAUUGGGUAUUCUGGCAGAAAUUAGUUAAGGUUUAAAGAAGUAUCCUAAUAAGUACCUAGAAAGAAGGAAUCCAGCCUUUGAAUUUAUACAUAAACAUAGGAGUUUAAUCAGCAGGGUUAAUGUAAAGAAAACAGGGGGGAAAUUUGUUUAUAAAGUUCAAUGAUAUGUGAUACUUGCUGAAAUGAAAUAGUUGGGCAGUUUUUACAAUUAGUAUGUUGCUUAACAGGACUUCUUCGCAUAAAGGUUUACUGUGAUCACUAGUGCUAUUUUCUCCAGAACUGUGUACUUUAUGUACCACAAACUAUUUUGUCUUGCUACGAUCAUUAUAUAUAAAUGUGUAUAUAGUCCUACAGAUGCACCCAUAUAUCUUUUUAUUCAUUCAAGACUAUGACUGUUGAAAACAUGACCAAGUUGCUGUUAAUUUUAUAAUUCUAAUGUGAAAUAAUACCUAAAUAAUCAACCCAGAUUUAGUCCUCAAGAAGCCUUGGAAUUAGUAAAAAAUAAUAAUAAUAGAAGAAUUCUGUACAGUCCAGAAUUUUAACAAGAGUCUCUAUAACCCAAAUGCAUGUUUUGACUGGUGCUUGCAAGUUUAGUUCAAGAUUGUAUUUUGAAACAACUCAGUGUUACUUAUCUUAUCAGAGAUGACAGGAAUAUGAUCUAUUCUGUCACUUUCAUCAUGUCACCCUUUUUAAUAAACCAAUAACAUGCCACUUAUUAAAAUUCAUGUUUCAUCCAAUUUGCCAUGAACACCAGAGUAAUCUUGCAUUCCAAAGAUAGUCUCCCAUAAUUGUAUUCUCUUUUCAGGCGGUGUGCUGUUUAUUUGUCUAUUUGCAUUCUUUUUCUUUAAGGUGGUUUUUGUUUUCCCUUCACCUUUCUUAUUUCUUAUCGUAUAAAGAAAAUUUGGCCAUUAAAUGAUUCAUUAGCCAAGUAGAAUACUUAAGGUUUUUCCUAAGGUACAUAAAACAUUAAACAAAAUGAGAAGUUGGAAUAUAUUUCUUUUAGAAGUAUCUGACAUUGUUAGGGACUUCAUAUAUUGUAUUAGCAAAAACUCUAGCUUGGGUUUCAGAUUCUAUUCAGUGGUUGGAAGAUGUGCCUUUUUUCAUAUUUAAACCGUUCCAUGAAUGUAAGAAUAAGAUAAAGGGUUAAUUCUGUUAAAGAUGAUAUGUUGACGCUUAAUGUGAAAUACAGUAGUUUUUCAUAAUGCCCUUCCAGAUCUUGCUUUGCACAACUACAAUAGUUAGUAUUUAUUGAUAUUACUAAAUAAAAUCUAAGGACACUUUAUAUUGAAUUAAAGACUUGAUUCUACAAUUGUUUUCUAUGUACUUUAUUAAAGCUGUACUUACACUUUUACAGCAGUAUCUGUCAGAGGCCAGGGCAGCAUGUAUAAUGGAAAGCCCUAGUGAAUCACUCUGAUCUGUUCUUUCAAACAGAACUCUUUAAAAUAUAUUAAACUUAUUUUUAUAUAAGCCCCUAUUUUUAUCCAGCAUAACUAGUUUUUAUUUGGCUUUUGUCUCUGUAGCAAGUGUAUUUUUACAUAUAUAGCAGGAGACCAAAGCACACUGGAAAGAAAAUACAGUCUUGAAGAGACUAGUGAAGUGAUGACUAUGUUGGAUUUAUAUUUAUUUUGUUGAGUCAAAGUGAUACAAUCAAGUGUUAGCAUAUAACUAAGGAUGCUUCUGGAGUCCCAUGUUAUGUUUUUGUGAAGCUCAUUGUGUUUAACACAAUAUGACAAAUCAGGUAAGAACUGUUAAGCAUAACUGUUUUUUCUGGUGCUGUUGAAGUGUAUGCUUUUGCACAUUCAUAGUGCAGUCUGAAGCAAAUUAUGUAUAUAAUAAAUUACAGAUGUUAAACAUUUUA